GGCCGACGUGUACAACAAUUUCUUAGACAACGCAGCAGAACUCACGACCGCGUCCGGCAUUUCAGAAACAGUGAAUGUCACGCUUCUCGCAAGUCGCGCAAAACUGAGACAAGGGUCUAAACGAUUAGUAGAGGACUGCACGAAUGGCAUCUUUGCAGCUGCUUCUACGGCCAUUACAACCAGCACCACUCCAGUCCCGAGUUACGAUAGAGAUCAGUCGUUCAUGAGUGACGUCCGCACCUGUCGUUGGGUACCUUUGAACUCCUUCGAUCUCGAUAUGACUGACGCAGGCAAUUUAGCGAGGUUUUCGAAUCUAGUAGACAACCCCUUAACAACACGCACAAUUGCUCGCGCACAGCAUCGUCUUAGAGGCUCACCAACCUUCUAUGGCGUGCAUGUUGAGGGCGAAAGCAGAGUGAAUACACUGGCGCAAGACAGCACUUCCAAUUCUUGGACCCAGGCGAUUGAAAAACGGCAUUUGAAAGAAGCUGCUAGUAUUAAGGGUAGUUUUUCACUAUUCGGCGUAUCCCAUGUGGACUAUGCUGAGUGCCGCUCCUCAUGAUUUAAAGGACACAGGGCACCCCGCUCGACUCGGUACAGUGAAACACUAGUGCCGCUAAUAGUACUUCUUCAACCACCGAUUCCAAUGGCAUCGUUGUGCCUUUGUGGCUGGCUCCCAGCACUGAGCCGUGGAUCCAAAGUACUGAUACAAGCUACACUGAACAGUUCGAUGCAAAUGGCUACGCAACUGGGAGGCAGGUACCAUUACCGACGACCUUCCAAGAACCAGUGAUAUCAAAUAUGUCAUCGUCGACCACGCCGUCUUCAAACUCAAACGAGGUGACGGACAAUUCCACCACAACUACAACUAGCACCUACGAGAUUGAGAAGACGCUUUUCUUCCGUCUCGUGGCCGAAUUGGAGGGUUACUACGAGAAGUAUCUGGCUAAGCAACUAGCCGAAAGUACCUCGAUCUUCUCGAGGAUCAACAACACGCUUCCAGGAGUAGCUGCAGGCAGAAGUACUGGUGCUAGUGGUUACACAGCUGCAGAAGUCAGCGUUUUCUCUACUCGGUACCUAGAACAUCAUCAUCCGGGAUUUCCAUUCAUGAUAACGAGCUUCAAUGCUACAACGAUUAGCACUACAACUACAACGCCUGCUUCAUCUUCCGGAUCAUCUCCUGUUGCUGCACCUGCACUGGCGAAUACUUCCUCGAAUGCUACAAACGGAAACGUCACCAAUUCCUCCACGGUCGUUGGCACUACAAACGGAAACGUCACCAAUUCCUCCACGGUCGUUGGCAGCUCCUCAACAUCCACGACUAAUAAUACGGAUACCAGCAACACAACAAACUCAACCAUCAACAGCAACUCCACAGGAGCUUCAAACUCUUCUAAUACAACAACGAACAGCAGUGGCAAUGGAAGUAGUACUAGGGUUAUCCGUAUUAGAAGAACUUCCAUGACGAUGAGUACUAGUGAGAAGGAAAGUGAGUGGAUCUGGGAUGCUCCUCCUGGGCAACAGGAUGUUGAGGUUCUGCCUUCACGAACGCUCCUACAACAGGAGGAUAAUGUUCGUGAACGGGGCUACUUUUCCUCCACCAGUGCCCUACUUGAAGAUCUACUUCGACCGCCUGAAGAGCCAGAAUUAGGAGUAAUGACGCGUUCAGAAGGAGCGGCAUCAUCUCUGACGAAGAAUGAGGACGCUGAUACAACUGACGCGGCUAGCAGAAUGCUAUCAUCACCGUCCUUAUCAUCUGUCCAGCUUCGCGGACGUGUGUGGGUCUUCGUUUGUGCGCGGGAACUUAGCGAUUCAAGUGGCGACAGUGAGAAUCUCGAUCUUUCUGCCGUUUGGGUCGUACUCAUUGUCAUUUUGAUUCUACUCCUGAUCGGUGCGUGCAUUGUGGGCAUAGCAGGGUUGGGAGCAGCCGGUGGUGGCGCCUGCGCCGUCGGCUAUGGAAUUACGCAAUGUUGCAAGAAGAUUUUCGGAGAGGAUCCGCCACCAAGGAACAACCCUGUUAUGCUUCGUGGUGUUUUUUUAACUUGAUAUUAUUCUCAGACUGCAACCCCUGCAGCAGCAGCUCCUGCAGCGCCUACUAGUGCUAAGACACUUAAGGGAGUAAUCUAAUGAAUCAUUCCUGCUAAUUUCUGCUCAUACUUUGAAAAUGGACAAUGACAUCAACAAUCAUGAUUUAUCUCUCCCACACUUCUAGCUCUCUAAUUCCCGCAACAAUGUGCAGUAUUACAACCAAGGUCCACCUCAUUUCAUGCCUCCAGGGAGCAUGAUUGGCGGGGGUGGCGCCUCAAAGCAGUACCAACAAUUUUUAGGCGAGGAAGACGAAGCUGGAUAUAUUAAUCAACAACAGCAAUACAACUACAAUCAAAAUCAAUAUAGCCAACAACAUCAACAGCUACAACCUAUUGGUGGUUCUUCAUCUUCGGCGUCUAUGAUGCAGACGCAGCCAUACAAAGGUGUUGCUAUCGGAAAUCAGUACCAGCUCCAGCAACAAGGCUACAAUUCUGGUUUUCAAGAAGGUCAGGCUUCGAAGAACUCUUGUUGA